CAUAUGAUUGAAAUAUUUAAAUUAUUAUAGACAACGUAUAAAUUUGAAAGGAAACUUAUGUCGUAAAUGGAUGAAACCCAGAAAAGGACCCCGAAUUUCACCGCAAGCGAGUCGGAGCAGCUAUUGGAACUGGUGGAGAAAUAUAAAGCAGUCAUUGAAUGCAAGCGGACGGACACUUGCACGAACGCUAAAAAAGAUGCCGCAUGGAAGCGUAUCGAAUAUGAUUUCAAUUCACAGUGUCCAUCUGGCUGCCAUCGCAGUGCAAAAAUAUUGAAGAAAAAGUAUCUCAAUCUGAAAAGAGAGGUAAAAAAGCGAGUUGCAGAGGAUAAAAGAUCUCUUUAUUUAACUGGAGGAGGACCACCAUCAAAGAAAUUGUUAACUGAGUGUGAUGAAAAACUUUUGACUGUGUUGCAUGAGAAGCAAGUUAGUGGCAUGCAGAGUGUGUAUGACAAUGAUGUAAUUGCCGUAAAUAUUGAUGAGUCAGUGAUAUUGGAGGAAAAUACAUUAGAAAGCAUAGUGGAUCUCGAAAACACGACUGAAGUGGAAAAUUAUAAAGGAAUAAGUGAAUCCGACAACGUUACAUUAAACGUUGAAUAAAACCAGCUUUGGAACAAAUAUGAUCCCAGCAAGUUAAAAACAGCAAAAAAUUCAAAACUAAAAUUUGAAGAAAAACCACAAAGAUCUGCGAAAAAUGCUUGGGCAAAGUUAGCAGAUAUGAAAGCAAAAUGGACGGAAGAAAAAUAUGAAGCGGAAAUAAAAAUAAUAUAUGCGGAGCACGAACAAAGAAUGAAGCUAUUAGAAGAAAGUAACAACCUAUCAACGAAGUUGAUGAAAGAAAAACAUGAUUUGGAAAUGAAAAUUUUAGCAGUAGAUUUGGAAAGAAAGAAAAAGAAGCUGGAAGGGUGAAAUAAAAAAUACAUAUGUAUAUGUAAAAUUAUAAACGUAUUUAUUAAACUACAAUAAACUGAAGUAAUUAUCUAUUAAA